CCCAACCAAUCUCGUGCCCACGCCGUCACACGUCAUGUAAGCUGCCAAGAUGCUUGUGUCUCUGAACCAUGAUGGAGCUAGCAUGGAAAAAUACGCGUAUUCCGUAGGUGAGCGACCGGAAGAAGGCCGGUUUUUUUCUUUCUUUUUUCUUUUUUUCGCUUGAUGGAAAUUCCUCGUCUGCUCAAGAGUAUGUAAACGGUUGCCUUUUAUUGUCGGUCACUUUUUAAGUGAAGAAGACAGAAAACAAAAGAAACAGAGAACAGCAAAAAAAACAGAAACCAAUCCCAAUGACCAAACGCGAGCCACAAUGACCCCCCACAAACCAAUCCACCCCAGACUCGCCAAAAAACGCAACCGGCAGCUCCGCGCCAAGCUCAUCUCGGUCGGCCUCUUCGCCUUCAGCACCCUGACCCGCGGCCCGACGCUGCUGUGGCUGCUGGUGCGCUCGCGGCUCGAGCCCGCCAACGCGCCCGAGGCCCACGCGCCCGACGUCUACAGCCUGGGCAUCAUGCUGCUGCUGAUGGAUUUCAUCGGGCACGCGGGCCACGUGGGCACGACGUUUCGGCACCCGCCGAGCGGCGACGACGACGAUCGCUGGCGCCAGGACGACGUGAGCAGCAGCAGCAACAUCCUGCUGACCACCAGCGCCGUCGCCUGGCUGAGCCUGUCGGUGCUGCUGGCCGCCAUGGCGCCCUACGCGGACCGCGACCGCCUCUUUUGGCUGGCCGUCGCCUUUCAGAUCGCCGCGGGCUUCGCGUCGCCCGCCGCCGUCGCCGUCUGGCGGAACCGUCGGGGCUUGCGCCGGCUGGCGGGGAGGUGUUGUGCGUCGGGCGCGGCGCGGAGGAGGGCGAGGAGGACGAGGAGGAAGCAGCGGGCGGUGGAGGAGGGCGCUGCGGCUGACGAGGCCGCUGGGGAGACUGCCCCUGGCGAGGUUGUGCUUGGGAAGCUUGUGGACAGGGAGGGUGCUGCUGGAGAGGCUGCUGCUGCAGAGGCUGCGGACAGGGAGAUUGCUGCUCCGGCGCCUGCUGCUCUCCGGUGGGCGGAUUCUAGGGAGGGGACAUGACAUUGGCGUGGGUUUGUCAGGCAGGUAUGGAUGCGAUCGGGGCCGUGGCUAUACAUGUCUUGUCCCACCAGGUCAAUGUCCCACCAGGUCAAGAUCCCCUCCCAAGACGACUACUUGUACGAAUUCAUUGACUCAUGACCAAGAAAUAUAGACGACAAAUAAACAAACAGAGUGAUCAGCAAA